CCACACCACACUGCACCACACCACACCGCACGGAACCAACACGCACCCCACCAUGGCGCCAAACGACCCGAAGAAGGCCCGAAAGCCUCCCGUGGCGCGGUCCGCGAUCUUUGGGUACAUCGAGCAGCAGCAGAUCCUCCACAACGGCGGGAGCUUCGGCCGCGUCCUGGACGCCGGCACGGGGCUGCACUCGCUGCGGUGGAUGGCGACGCUCCUGCCCGCGGGAAGCGGCAGCGGCAGUAGCAGCAACAGAGAGAACAGCAACGACGACGACGACGACGGGGUGGGCAUCUCGUCCUUUGUCGGGAUCACGGCCGACGAGGCCAUGAAACAGAGGGUCGAGCGAGAAGCCGGGAAGCUGGGCAUUCCCGACCUGAAAACAACGGCGUCGGGUGCGGCACCCACCGGAUCGACCGCGGACGAKCCCGGAAGCGGAAACCGGUUCGUCAUUGGCAACUGGUUCGCGACCGGCGGUCACAAGAACAAAAGCAAGAACAACGGCAACGACACGAACGACGCGGACAUCGAAUCGGUCCUCCGGCAGACGGAGGGGAGCCCGAGGCCGCGGUUCGAAACGAUCCUAGCGGACUACCUSAUCGGCGCCAUGGACGCCUUUAGCCCCUUUGAGCAGGACGCCAUGGUGCCCAAGCUCUCGGGCCUGCUCAAGCCCAACGGCAUGCUGUACCUGAUCGGGAUGGAGCCGGUCCCCGACGCCAGGCACGGCGAGGCCGGGGACGUCUUCUGCCGGGUCACCAGGGCCCGGGACGCGGUCAUCAAGCUGGCCCACAACGCCUCGAGCCCGCAGCAGCGGCCCUACCGGGAGUACCCGAUGGAAUGGGUCCGAAAGAAGGUCGCCCAGGACCCCCUCCUCCGGGAGGUCGGCACCCGGAAGCUCUACCUCCGGUACAAGCACAGCAACGUGGUCAACCAGAUCAACGUCGCCCGGGGGAUGCUCCCGUACAUCGACCACGCCGAGACGGCGGGGGCCAUGAAAGAGCUGCUGGACGAGUGAGUCCGCCUGUGGAUGCGUUGUGAUGCGAUGUGAUGCGUUGUGUUGUGAUGCGUUGUGAUGCGAUGCGCUGCGCAAAAGAGCCGACUCAACCGCGUCCAUGCCUCGUUGCUUUUUGUUCUUUUUGUUUCUUUUCCAAUCCAACCCAAUCCAACCGAAACGACCCCCGGUGCCGUCCCAUCCUGUGCCAGGCUGGAGAAGGAAUCCAAGGCCGCCACGAGCAAGGCCAAGAACAACCUGGUGUCCGUGGGCGGCUUCGAUUACAUCGUCGUCGCGCAGCGCAUCGGAGUGUUCGAGGAAUUCAAGGCGAGGCUGGUCCGGGACCACCCCGAGGCCCUGCUCUCGUCGCUGCUGGCGCUGCUGUGCGUCUGCGUCGUUCUCGCGGUGCGGCUCUCCCGUGCCAGGGGACACCACCGCGGAUCGAAGCGGUCGGGCGCAAAGCACGAAAAACAGCAAUGAAACACCGCGGGUUAAUUCACGGCACGGCAACCGCUCCCGGAAUCCCACCGGCUCACUACGGACGACAACCAACAAACAAACAACCCACGGCUCCGAGAAAAAUCUUUYCGGGAGCGAUCGAUCCCGACGGGAAUGCAAUGCGUAGCGGCACCGAACCGGAUAAGGAUCUACCCGUAGAAGAGUAGGUUCYGAUCCAUGGCAACUAAAGUCCUGCCGUUCUUUUCCCCCGCAACUAGAUUUGUUCGCUCUGUCAAAUAGUGAACARAUGGAACGCAGUGAUGGAAUGCUCCGUGGCUUUCGCAAUAAUUAGAACCUGCUGCUCCAUACGGAUCGCCGCGGUGAACAAAASGAAACAUGUUCUGUUCCAAUGAAAAGAUAGCACUGAACACACUAGCGAUGCAUGGCUUUCACCAUUGYUGUAUUAGUUCGUUCCUUUGUGAUUGUUUUGUUUCGUCAGUUCCUAGGCGAGUCGCUCGUUCGAUCGGGCCUUUCCCGCGCUCCGACGGCCCCCACACAGCGGAGGCGGCGGCUCGAUCCGGGCGGGGCCCCGGCCAGCCGGACCGAGGAUCGCGUGACCGACAGCAUGACCGUGCGGCGGCUCCCGCGGGGGUGCCGCGUGGCCCSGGAGAGCGGUGUCGAUGCGAGCGUGGUUUUGUACACCGUGCACCCCGCGGCACCGAGCCCGGCCCCGAUCAAGGCACAAAAAGGACCGCGCAUUGCUUGGAGYAUUCUUUCACUGUCCCCGGUUUGGUUUUGGUUUGUGCUAGCUCGACUUGACUCGACUCGUGGCGUGUCUUGAUUUGGUUGAUUUGUUUUCUUAUGUUAAUUGUCUUUCAAUUGAGAAGGGCACUGUUUUUCUUCAAGUGUUCGAUUGUUUUGUAUGCAUUUCCCGGUGGCGAUCUCCUCUCUGUUUGAUAAGUAAUAACACUGCAGUAUCGACGAGAACAUCAAUCGUAGGCGAUCCUGUAACACUCUGUGUGAGUUCAACAAUUCGCUACAGUAUUUCUUUUCAGGUCUGGUCGUGUGGUGUCAAAGAAGAAAACAAAAAAAACGGACGGGGUGAAAGUCGAAGUGUGUACCAGUACUUAUCCUACGUUCGUACUGUACAGAUUGGYACUGUACAGAUCCUAUCGUACGAUACCCAAGAGAAAACAGAAAACGCUUUUGUCACUUUCAAGGAACAUGCAUGAACAGCCCGAAAACGAUUUGGUUCGAAGUUUCAUCCAUUCAUCGUUCCGCGAUGCCAUCACCGAAGAAAGAUACAUUYGUGACUGRAUUUUGUGKYAGUCCCGGGUAGAAAAUGCAMAAUCUUCCCUCCCUUUGUAGUCGCGUUUUCUCCGAGAGCAGUGGUUCAAUGGAAGUUCUUCGUGACUGUUCGUAUGCGCGCAGAUUUUUGUAUUUUCAGUUUUUAGUUUUUACCUUCGUUGCACCCAUCAAAACAAAAAAAUUCCUCGUCGAAGAACUACRCUAGCAUCUGCACACAAAUUCCUCGACCGCCGAACAAAGGACCCCACCAUGUUGUCUCGAAAUAUAGUUUCUCGUCCCACGGCUGUCUUACGAAGAGCAAUUCGUGCCAAGAGCACCCAGGUUCAGGUCGAAGAAUCAUCGGCAUCCCCCAUCGCCUCGGAUGGCCGCCAUGUCCACAAAGAAAGCUUCGACGAUAUCAAGUGAGUUUUUCAGCAGCCAAGGAUCCAGGUGCUACGGGAAGAAGAAAUCCUACGGGCGCAGCUCGUUUAUUCUACGGCGCGAAAAAGGGUUCAAAUCUUCUGUUUCUGGUUUCGGACCACAACCAGAGAACCCAUCGCCGGUGUUUCUUUUUUCGAGUCGCCGUCCGGAUUGCAUGGUUGCGAUGGAUACCAAUGGAGCRCAACCACGCACCCCUUGUUGUCRACAAGAGUACACUGCACACGGGAUCGGAACGAGUACCRUUUUCGAAAUCACGGCCGAUGGGGCAUAGCACUUCCCUWUCCUUKGUCGUCGCCUAAAUUCUUCGACCGUUGCAGUUGCGAAGACGCCGUUCUCCAUCAGCUGCCGAAACUAGAUAGAGCKGCGUCGUUUUUGUGCUUUUCGUGUCUGACAUUGUUGCCGUUGUUUUGUUUUCUCGAAUGGAAUUGCUACUAUUGCUCGCGCUUGUUUUGCUUGGUCACCGUUCCUUAAUUGAAUAUUUUGUCGAAUUCGGAACGCUUUGCGACAACCCUCCAGGGUCCAGCGCCGUGAUGGAUCGAUGCAGAACCUCGAAAAACUCCGGGGRUUUGUUAAUUACCAGAGAAAUCCGGAGCCCUAUCGYCCCCCACUGGAGCGCCUGAAGGACUGGGAAGAAAUCAACCCCGUUCCGGAUCGAGACGUUGACGUAGCCCACACCGCKCUGGAACGAAAAGUACAGGCGGCCCGCUGUAUGGAUUGCGGCACGCCCUUUUGCCAGACCUACACGGGAUGCCCGGUCAACAACCUGAUCCCGGAAUGGAACAACCUGGUCUUUGAAGACGCCUGGGACGAAGCCAUCGAACGCCUGCACAGCACCAAUAACUUUCCCGAAUUUACGGGAAGAGUAUGCCCCGCUCCCUGCGAGGGAUCCUGCGUGGCCGGGCUCGUCGACAACCCGGUCACCAUCAAAAACAUUGAAUACUCGAUCAUAGAUCGUGCCUUUCGCGACGGAAAAAUCACCCCCCGCAUCCCCGAGGAGCGAAGCGGUAUGUCCGUAGCGGUCGUGGGAUCGGGACCGGCCGGACUGGCCUGUGCCGACCAACUGAACCAGAUGGGCCACAAGGUCACCGUGUUCGAACGCGCCGAUCGCAUCGGGGGCUUGCUCAUGUACGGGAUUCCCAACAUGAAACUGGAAAAGGAGACCGUGGACCGCCGCGUCAAUCUUCUCCGAGAGGAAGGAAUCGAGUUUGUCACCAAUGCCGACGUCGGCAAAAACAUCGACGUCAACGARCUCAAUUCGCAAUUCGACGCGCUCUGCCUGACCCUGGGCGCCACAAAGCCCCGMGAUCUGCCGGUUCCGGGACGCGAAUUGAAGGGCGUGCAUUUUGCUAUGGUAGGUCUACUGGCACUGGUCGGAUGAUUUUUGUUUUUGUUUCUUYSGAUUCGAUGCGAGCCGA